UAUAUAAGGAGCAGACAGAGGAGGUCUCAGUUGCUGUGAGAGCCAUACACCCCUCACCUGCACACACACAUACACAUAACACACAUACACCCACAUACACACUCGCAGCACGGCUCCAGGUCCAGUACUGUCUUCUUUCAUUCCUGCGCCACAUUCCCUAAGGUAGUCUGGCCGGAUGAGUUACCCGGUGGACACAUUAGGAAGCCCCUUUAGGCGUGUUAUGGAUACUAGGACGACCAGCUACGGAAACCCGCGCCCCCCCCCCUCCAGCGGCUAUCGCUCCCAGUCUUGGUCGCGGGCAAGCCCCGUCUCCACCAUGACCCCAGCUUACAAGAGGAGCGUUAAUGUACCAGUAUCCCGAGCUUACAGUUCAACUGUGCUCAGCUCCGCCGACAGCGUUGAUUAUUGUCAAACCUCCAUCCUGAACGGUGACUACAAGCGAUCUAAUGAGAAAGAGCAACUUCAAGGACUCAACGACCGGUUUGCUGUUUACAUUGACAAAGUGCACUACCUGGAACAGCAGAACAAGCAGAUCGAGGCAGAGAUCCAGGCACUGCGGCAGAAGCAGGUGUCGCGCUCCCAGCUGGGCGACCUCUAUGACCAGGAGCUGCAGGAGCUGCGCUCGGUGCUGGAGCAGAUACACCAUGACAAGGCACAAAUUCAGCUCAGUACCGACCACAUUGAGGAGGACAUCCAGCGGCUAAGGGACCGCUUUGACGAAGAAGCUCGCAUCCGGGAGGAGACAGAGGCCAUAAUCCGUGUCCUGAAGAAGGACACGAAGGACUCGGAGUUGGUGAAGUCUGAGUUGGAGAAGAAAGUUCAGUCGCUGCAGGAUGAGGUCGCCUUCAUCCGUAACAACCACGAGGAAGAGGUGAGCGACCUCAUUGCCCAGAUUCAGGCGUCUCAGGUGACAGUGGAGAGGAAAGAACUCCAGAAGGCAGACAUCACCGAGGCUCUGAGGGAGAUCCGCUGCGAGCUGGAGGGCCACUCCAAUCAGAACCUGCAGCAGGUGGAGAACUGGUUCAUGUGCCGCUACGCCAAGCUCACCGAGGCUGCCGAGCAGAACAAAGACGCCAUAAAGUCCGCGCGGGACGAAAUAUCCGACUACCGUCGUCAGCUGCAGUCCAAGACCGUGGAGUUGGAGUCCGUCCGCGGUACAAGAGAGUCACUGGAGAGACAGCUGAAUGACAUCGAGGACCGCCACAACAGCGACCUGGCCAGCCUACAGGAGACAAUUCACCAGCUGGAUAAUGAGCUCAAGAGCACCAAAUGGGAAAUGGCUCGUCACCUGCGCGAGUAUCAGGACCUGCUCAAUGUCAAGAUGGCCCUGGACAUUGAGAUUGCUGCAUAUAGGAAACUCCUAGAGGGUGAAGAGACCCACUUCAGCACUUUCCCUUAUCGCCAGACGGUCACCUCCACCAAAAUUUCAAAGCCUAAGUCAGAGGCUCCGAAGCUUAAGGUGCAGCACAAGUUUGUGGAGGAGAUCAUUGAGGAGACGAGGGUGGAGGAUGACAAGUCUGAUAUUGACGAGGCCCUGGCAGAAAUUGCACAUGAGCUGUCUGCCACACUUGAAGAGGGUGGAGAGGAGGGACAGGAGAAGGUGGGGGAAGAAGGAGAGGGUGAGGAAGCAGAGGGUGAGGGAGAAGAAGGUGGAGAGGAGGAGGAAGUUGUUGCUGCUACUGAAGCCAAAGUUAGCUCUAGUGCACCCACUAAGGAGGAAGAGGAAGAGGAGGAGGAGGGAAAAAGUGGUGAUGGGGAGGGAGAAGGUGGUGAGGAGGAAGAGAAAGAAGAGGAAGGUGAAGGGGAGGAUGAGGGAGAAAAGGGGGGUGAUGCAGAGGAAGAUAAAGAAGGAGAAGAGGGAGGAGAGGAGGAAGUUCAGGAGACCGUAUUGAGCUCCAAAGCUCCUGUGUCUAAAGCCUCUCCUGACAAAGAGAAGGCCGAAGACAAAGAAGGCAGUGGGGGAGAGGAGGAAGCAGCUGACGAAGCUGGAGCUGAAGAAGGUGGUGAUCAGGAUGAAGAUGCAGCCAGUGACAAAGGAUCCAAAAGUGGAGAUGAGAAAGAGGAAAAAGAGGAUGUAGACAAAGACAAAAAGGAAGAUGAAAAGAAGGUGAAAGAAGAGAAAGCAGAUGACAGUUCAGAAAAAGUUGAAGCCAAGAAAGAAGCUCCAAAAACAGAAGCUGCAAAGCCUGAGGCCAAGAAGGAAGAGACUGCCAAAACAGAGGCAUCAAAACCAGAAUCCCCCAAGUCUGAAUCACCUAAACCUGCAUCUCCUAAGUCUGAAUCACCUAAACCUGCAUCUCCUAAGUCUGAAUCACCUACCUCUCCUAAGUCUGAAUCACCUAAACCUACAUCUCCUAAAUCUGAAUCACCUAAACUUGCAUCUCCUAAAUCUGAAUCUCCCAAGGAGGGCUCACCAAAGGCUGAAUCCCCCAAACCUAGCUCCCCGAAGGCCGAGUCUCCGAAAUCAGAAUCCCCAAAAGCUGAAUCCCCCAAAACAAAGACCGCCAAACCUGAUGCUCCUAAGGCUGCUGAUGAGACCUCAGAGAAAGACAGUGGCUCAUCAGAAGACAAGAAGGUAGAAAAGAAGGAUGUGGCCAUGAAUGGCGAUAUAGACAAGAGCAGCCCAGAAGAGAAGGGCAAGAAGGAUGAGGGGAAAGAAGAUGAUGUGAUUGCUAAUGGUGUGGAUGAGAGCCCUGUUAAGGAAGAUGGCAGCCAGAAAGUGGUGAUCACCAAGACCGUGGAGACCAUCACCACCGGAGAGGACGGAUCUCAGCGCGUUACCAAAUCUAUCACUGUGACCGAGACGGUGAAAGAGUCGGAGGAGGUGCAGCAGGAGAAGCUGGUGUCCACCAAGAAGAUGGAGAAGCACUCCACCCAGUCCAUCAAGCAGGUGACAGACGGCGACUGAGCAGACUCCAGACAGAUGAUCCAGAGAAGGAGGGGCAAGGGCCAGGACAAAAAGAAAAGCAAUCAACUCAGAACUAACAUAACAAAGAAAAUCAUACAGCUAGAGCGAUGUAAUAAAGAUAAUCACUCUCAAACAUACAAAACAAAUCAUAGAAAGAAGCCAAAACUUAAAUGCUAUAAAUUUUAAAAAAUGCAUGUUGAGUGAAAGCUUUAAAUGGGCUUCGCUGCAGACGCGGUCAGGAGCAAGUGACUGAGACAUUUUAUCCUCUUUUUCUUUCUGCAGUUCAUGGGUGAGCUCACAGGAGUUGGUGGUGGGGCGCCUCUGCAUGCUAGCUCAGGGGAGGGGAAUACUGUCCUCUCUUAUCUGUGUGUAUGGUAGAAAUAUGCUGUAAAAGAGUAAAUAUUUAAAAGGAAUAAAUGAGUGACAGAAAACCCGAGAGGAUAUUUUUUUUUGUUUAAGUAAAAAGAGGAGGACAUGCAGGUGGGAGGGUCCUCGAUAUAGACAAACGCUCUACUGAAGAAGCCUUACAUGACACAUGAAGUUAUCAACUGAGCCAAAAAGAAACUAACAACAAACACACAACGUACAGUGAAGAAAGACGCAGGUAGUAACAUGAUAAACACGUCCAUAUACAAUACACCCAAUAACCGAAGCAAAUUCAAGCUUAAAACCUGAAGAAACUCCUAGCCUUAAACAUGCUUUUAUCAGCAUUUGUUAUGUUUACCUGAGUGCAAAAAAAAUAAAAAAUAAAAAAUAAAAAAAAGUGCGCAGAUACAUGCAUUCACAUACAGUAUGCAUAGGAUGGACUUGAAUUUAAAUACAGAUAUAAAUGAGGUGCUACUGUUUGCAA